UAUGUAUAGUACACAUUGUUGCCUAACAAGGUCCCUCGUCGCAAAAAGACUCCUUCCCAUUUUAAACCCAUAAUAAAGAUGACCCACAACUUGUUCCGACCACCGCCUACGCCCCGUGGCCGACGAGAAGGGACGGCGGGGGCGUGGAGAACGGAGAAGAGGAGAACAUCUUCGUCGUCAUCAUCAUCAUCGCAAUUGCUACAAUUUGGUGAUCUUCCUCCAAUUGUGUUGUCCUCAAACACGCAUCAAGAAGUGUCGUCGGGGUAUCCUCAUUGUCUCGAAGGCGCGAUUAAGGAGCACGAAGAUCGAUUAAUGGCGGCCCGAGGGACGAGGCUGGGGAAUCGGAGGAGGAGGAGGAGGAAGAGGAAUGAGAAUGGUGGGUAUAAAGGGACGUUGAGGCAGAGGUACGAGGAUGGAGAUCCGGAGGUUGGGUUGCUUGGGGAAGCGUCCGGGAGAGGGGAUUUUGAGUACUAUGUCUUGUAUUCUAGACCUCCUAAACUUGAUCAUAAUCAAAUUUGUUCCAAUUAUUUGGAUGUGGCUCCAACUGGGUGGGAUGAUAUUUAAUUAGUGUUGGGAGAAUGCAGAUCAUCAUCAUGAGCCAAUUUAACUGGGUAAUUGUCUUUAUUUUUUCUUUUUCUUUUAUUUAUUACUUGUGUUCAUGAGGGACAAUAUUUGUCGUUUUCGACAGAUUUCUUCAUGUAAAAAAAAAAAACGAAAGUAGGCUCAUAACCAGGGAUUCUAGGGUGUCUGUGGUUUUGGUAUCGAUGGAGAAAUAAAUGUUGACUAAUUAC